UAAAUAUUAUAAUUUAAUUUAGGUCUUGAAAUGUGUCCAAUGCAUCCCAAUAUAUUAGUUACAGCAAGUAUGGAUAAAACAAUUAAAAUUUGGGAUUUGGUAAAGUUAAGUCACGUGGAAACAAGAAAAUUAAAAGUGGGAUCUAUAUAUACUGCAAAAUUCGCUCCAGAUGCUGAAUCAGUUCUAGCAAUUGGGGGAAAUGAUAGGUCUCAUCCUUUGAAAAUCCUAGAUUUACAACAUAUUUCCAACAGUGAAGUGAAUGUUGAAAAGAAAAAUCACCAACAAAAGCAGCCAGCAGCUGACACCAACACAUCUAUGAAGAAGGUAAAAAAAUCCAUCAAAUCAGAUAGAGACACUAAACAGAAUUCUAAAAUAAAAUAUGAUGAAGGAUCCAGUGCUGAUCAUCCUGUAAAGAAGUUGAAAAAAGAAAAAACACACCUAUGACAAUAAAUUUAUUCAUAUAAAAUAAA